GCGGAGUGACUUGCCCAGAUGGAGAUUCACAACUGAUCGACGGUUAAGUUCUUGCUAAGCUACUAAGUUAGUUGGCGUUGGUGGUUAGGCGUGGGCGGCGGUGAGGAGCGGUUGCGCCGGAGAUUUAGCUACUACACUGAUGAAUCAGUCUGGUCAGCAAUGACGAACUAGUUGGUGCUUCGCUGCUUUGACAGGAUGACGGGACAGGGGAGAGACACCAGGGCAGCCGAGACAGGGCUUGGGGAAUCCCACGAAACUCUACCGAUCACUCUGGCACGCAAAAUGACAGGUCCGACAGCGUGUCGGCAGCGACCCUUGGAACAUCAUUUCCUGAGCAGAUAUGAGGGCGCCGCCCCCCCCCCUCCCGCCCCCCCCAAAAGCAAAAAAGAAGCAUGGUGGUGGUUGACGCCCGAGGAAUUUGACUGGCACUACCAGACACUCUGCACGGCCGCUGGCUUCAGCGUCCCAUCCCCGCUACCAUUCAGCCAUGAACGAAGAUGGCUUCGUGCCUUGGGAGAUAAGGGCUUCUCGAAAGAGUUUCUCCUCGGAAGAAUAAUUGGUGAUUGUCAUGAUGGUGGUGGAGUGAAAACAAAACGAGACUGCUUACCUACGCUGAUAGAAUGUUCAGUCUAGGUAGCUAACCAAUAUUACCCUGUGGAACCACUUCAAUUCUUCCACUCCUCCACUUUUCCAAAAAGAAGAAAAAAUACACACAAAAUGGAUGUCUGGGACGAAAAUGCCGGUGAGAACAAGCGACGGGUGGUCG